CUGGUUCCAAAGGUGCUGGACUGAAAGGGUUUGGUGGAGACGGUUUAGUGAGAACAUGGAAGUUCCUAGUCGCUAAAGAAAGGUGUCAAUCAGAAGGUCAGGAGUUCGCCUCCAUUUUGACAGCAAGUUAUCAGCGAUAUUUACAUGUGAACUGAAGAAAGGAUGGAUCAUUUGUGGAGAGAUUUGAACGUUUAAGGACACAGCAGCAGUGUGUGGGUAUCUGUGGAUGUAAUAAUAUGUUUGGACCAAAUGUUUAUCUGGGUUUGGAUCAUCUGGACCUUUGGGAGUGUGUGAGGAACGAUUCUGUCGGGAUGAUGUUGAUCUGUGGAUUAAAGUUUCAUAGAGUUAUAACUGUUUGUGUAUGUGACAGAAGUGUUUACUGAACCUGCUGUGGCGGUCGUAUGUUGGCAUGGUCAGAAUUAACGGCACCGUGAGGAGCUCAGCUUUGUAAUGAUGAGUCGUCUGAGAAAACUACUGCAACUGAUUUCAUGUUAUCAUCAAAUCAACCUAACAAGGACGUGAAGACGGGCCGUCAGGUUACACAUGAGCUCACAAGAUGUUUAACAAUGUGCUUUAUUAAUAAGAUUAUGUUGUAUUCAUGUCAGAUCUUUACUCCAGCUGGGCAGCUCAUGAACUUCAAAGGUGAUGUAGUAACAAUAUGGCGUCACUUUGUGCUGUGUGUCUUUGUGUUUAAUGUCAUGUGUCGUGUUCACAGGUCGUCUCUUCGUGAAGCUGCAGCUCUGUUUCUGCACAUCAAACACUCGUCACAUUAACCCCUCGUCCUCCAUCACAUCACUCGUCUGUCCUCCAUCAGUCCUGUUUGUUCUGCACAGGACAUCUAAUCAGCUGAUUGUUGGGCUGCAGACCAGCUGCUGUUUGCUCCUCACCUCAUUUAACAAAGAUCAACAAACUGCUUUCUCUAAACUCUGAAGUCUGACUGUCCAAUCAUCAGGCUUCUGCUGGGACCACUGCACCUCCUCCUCCUCCUCCUCCUCCUCCCCCUCCUCCUCCUCUUCUUCUCCUCCCCCGUCUGCUCCUUCACAUUCAGCCUCAGCAGCUCUCAGUGGACACAUCAUCAUCAUCAUCAUCAUCAUCAGCGACAGUCAGACAGACAAACCUGAACUCAGAAGCAGCCAAUCAGAGCCCAGCAGGUGCUGCUAACUGACCAGGUAUUUGUUGCCGUGACGAUGGCGAGCGGUGUCCUGAGGAUGAUGGGAAAUGUUUCUGUGUCCACUCUGACUCGUCCCAAAGACAUCCUGAGGGAGACGAAGAAGACGAUCUACAGCAAACCUCCCAGGAACAAGAUCGGAGCCACGCAAAGUUUCUUCGUCAUAUCGGUGUUUGCGGUGGCCAUGUUGACUCCGGCCGCCUGGAUCCUUCAUCACCUGCCUGAGUACCGCCAGAGGUCCCACCAGACGCCCAGACACUGACCUUCAUCCUCCUCAUCCUCCUCAUCAUCAUCCUCACCACUGACAGCUUCACCCAUCAACACAUUAUAAACUAUAAUCAAUAAACGUAUCAGAUCAAUGUUUCACAUUUCAUCAUUAAUAUUAAUA